AUGACAACAACUUCCACCUUUACCGUCACAGACCUCCUGCCAUCACUCCAGCCCAAUCCAGCCCCUCAAAGCCGACGUCGAAGCAGCGACAUCGGGAGCCGCGCUUUCUCCGUCGCCAAAAUCCCGCGGCCAGAGAUACAAGCACAAGCCAAUCCACCAAGUUCCGACCAGCGAAACCAUGUUCAUCGCCCUGGCACGACCGCGACCCAUGGCAGCGACCACCAUCUCGUUGCCGCCGAGCGACGCCAGCAGCAUGUAGAGGAUCUGCACGUCCGACGUCGCGCAGCCGAUCCAUGCGUGACAGAUGGCAAAGGUGGUGAGGCUCUUGGCGGGGAGCUGUCCGUCGGCGACGCGCGCCGAGACAAAGAUCCACGACACGACCAGGAAGGCCCAGAGCAGGGCGCGGGUUGCUGUCGCGCUCAGCAGAAGCCAGUCUCCGUAGGCGGGUGGGCCGAGGAGCUUCUGCACCAUCUGGCUCGAGAAGACGUAGAGGUCGAGGAACUUCAUGAGGCCGCUGCUCCAGGCCGCCAUGGACGUGGCGCCGCCCGACAGCUUGCACGCCGAGGUGACGACCUCUCGGCGCGCGGCCUGGUACUCGGCAAAGGCGGCGUCGAGGGCGUCGCGCGACGGGGCCGCGCCGCCCGCAUAGAGCUUGUUGAGCUGGUUGGCCAGGACCACGACGUCGAUGAUGCCGUUGUUGCAGCCGGCGCCGGUCGAGGGCGUGAACUUGUGCGCCGCGUCGCCGACCAGCACGGCGCGUCCCGCGCAGCUCCAGCUCUGGAUCACGCCCUCCUCGAGGUUGACGAGUCCGGACUGCAGCUUGGCCUUGUAGGCGGCGGCCAGGGUGAUGGCGCCGCCCUCGACCAGGGGCAGGUGGCCCCACCUUUCGACAAAGGCCUCCUCGUCCUCGGGCUUGUAGCGCUGCGGCUUGUGCGUGGGCUCGGGCAGCUUCUCGUAGACGCCCGCCACGGCCGAGUCGUCGCCGGCAAACACCUGGAUCGUGGCGUCAGGGCCGUGCGUCUCGCUGGCGUCGCCGGGCUGGAGACCCGGGAGGACUGGGAAGCGCAGCCAGAAGCAGCGGUAGCUGGUCAGGAAGGGGCCUUCGGUGCCGCUCUGGGUCUGCUGGGCCUCCUUGGGGACCAGCCCGCUCAUGUGCUUGCGGACGGUGCUGUAGGUGCCGUCGGCGCCGAUCACCACGGAGCCCUCGUACGACGUUCCGUCGGCGCACUCGACGACGACGCCGUUGUCUGUCGAUUGGAUGUUGGAGACCUUCUUGUUGGCGUGAACCUUGGCUUGUGCGUCGGCGGGGAGAGCAUCCCAAAGGGUCUUCAUCAGGUCGUGACGGCUGAUGACUCGGGGGUAAAGAACAUGGUGUCGCCAAUGUCGCGUCCCUGGUGGUCGAUCCGGCUGAACUUGGCGAGUGGGGAGCUGCACUUUUCCAGGGCGGGCAGGAUGCCGAACUGGCUCAGGGCUCGCAGGCCAGUCAAGGACAGGACAAGGUUGGACCCGGCGUCCAUGACGAUCGUGGGUCGGCUCUCUAGGAGGACAAAGUCGAUGCCGGCCCUGGUGAGGGCGUGGACGGCGGUCAUACCCACGGGGCCGCCGCCGACUAUGAUCAUCUUGGGGGGUGCAGCCAUUGGGAAUCGAAGAGUGUGUUGA